AUGGAGAAGAAGCUUGCUGCAGUGGUCCUUCGGGAGCUUUGCUGCAGGCAACGAACUGAAGCUUUUGUUCCAAUGAAGGCCGCUGUGAACACCUUGCACUUUGCGGAUGUCUCCUUGGACCUUGGUGCUCUCAAGGAGGUGGAACUGGACCUUAUUGCGGUGCAUGAACUGCUGGUGGAUGUCUUGCCUUGCGCACUGGAACUGCAAAAAGUGAGGUGCAGCUUCAUUUCUUUGAAAGUGCCGUGGAAACGACUGCGACGUCAGCCGGUGCUUCUGGAGCUGUCUGGUCUCGAGGUGAAAUUGAAGGUUCAUUCUGAGGACAGCGAUUGGCUGGCUGCGCAGGAAAAGUUGCACCCAGAGAAGACAUCCAAGGGAGAAGACCUGAGCAUUGACGAGGCUGCAGAUUCUGAUGAUCGGAAGGAAGAGAAGGAAGAGAAGGAAGAUGCCUCACUCCUAAAGGUGGGACUCAAAGAGGUGAUCACGGAUGGGCUGCAAGUAGUGCUGAAGAGUUUGCAAGUGGAUUUGUGGUCAUCCCGACAAGUAUCUCCACUCGAGCUCAGGGUUGAGGCACUUGAAUCAUUCCCAUGUAGUGUCAGAGGCGAGAAGAUUAGCAAGCCUCAGGAUGUCUAUGAAUUCUGUGACCCAUGUGCACGGCUUUUCCGCUUGGUCCAGAUUGAUGGACUGCGGCUUGCGACAAACCAGAAACCAGGUGCCAUGGUGGAGGUGAUAGGACCAGUGAGCGUACAAAUCGAACAGAGGCGCUGGUGUGGCUUUAUUCCGCAACAUCGAUCCCGCCGGGUUUGUCCCUUUAGUAGUGAAACUGCCAUCACCAUCCGUUUGGCCUCAGUGGCACUUCAACUUCCUGUAGCACCAGUGAUGGCUGUUUGUGAGGUUCUGUUGGACUUGAUCAAGGGUGGAUUGCCAUUCUCACAGUCUGAGCUACCUCCAGACUCUGACCAGGCCGCUGGAGCUGUCAGCUGGUCGGAGCUACGGCCAGGGCGCGCUGGGGCUACAGGUCUACACUGGCGCGAGCAGCUGCUAAAUCGAAAGAAUGUCACCUUGCUGACCUUGUCCCUGACUCUGGAACAGUGUGGGGCCACUAUUUGCAUGGACACAAAAGCAGCACAGCUGGAGGCACAUGACUUCAUGUUCACCCUGGACCUCAUCUCCUCACUGGACACAUCCAGGUGGCGAUGUCUCUAUGAGCUUGGCCUUUGCGAGAAAAGCACCGAAGGAGUGAAGAUGCAAUGUUUACAGCGGAUCUUUGGAAUCUACUUGGGCUUGGCAAGGUUGAUGUGGAGCACCUUAGGUUCAGAAGAAGUUCCAAAGACGUUGCUCUCCUUGGGCCUUUCACAUAGGCCCAGCGUGUCCGUUCGCUGGAAGGACGUUCCUGCGGUCCACAGCACUUGGGAGAGCUUCCAGCCAAUCGAAGGCUGCCUACAUUCAGUGAAGGUCCUCGUGGACGUGUCAGCAUUUCAGAGCUUGGUGGAGACGGUGAAGAAGAUUGUAAUGCCCUUUACGGAACUCAUCGAGCCUCCACCCUUUGCAUGUUCUUGGUGCCGAAUCCGCUUGCACGAUCUCACUGUGGAAGUUCCAAAGCAGGCUGGCAUGCAGGUGCCUGUGAAGGUCCGGAUGCCUUCAUUGCUGUUCACUUCCAUGGAGGGCCUUGGUGAGCUUUUCACAUCCCUGGAAUCUCUACCAUCCAGGCACGCUUGGCAAUCUUCGCAGACUCCGAACUGCCCCGCAGGGGAGGACCGGGAAGAGGAUGACCCUAUGGGCUGUGCCUGUGGACGUCAAGUGGGGACGUUGCGCUUUGGCACUGGUUUUGCACCACUCCGUGGUGCUGGGAUUGGUUGGCGCGCCUGGCAGAUGAGGCAAUCAAUGGUUGGAGCUCAUGUCCCGGUUGGCUACGAUGAGUUUUUGGAUAUGAUGCAAGCUUCCAUCACGUCACAUGCAUUGGACCUGGCUCUUCCAUCUUUCGAAAGCCAGCUUUCAGGCGAGUCCUUGGCAGUCCAACCGGAGACAUCUCCUUCAUCAAGCUCUUCUGGCAAGAAGAAGCGAAGCUGGCUAUCAGGUUUCAAGAGAAGCAGUGAGAAACUCAACAAAUCAGGAGCAAAGCGUCAAAGUGCGGCAGACCUUGCAAAGGAAUGGGCCACCUUGCAGGAGGCGGUGCAACGGCUCCAGCGGCAACGUGAAGAGCUCCGGCAACGCCAAGAAGCCCUUCGAAAGGCCGCCAGUGAGGAGACCAAGACAUGCCAGACCCGCUCGUCCCAACUGGAGGAUCAUCUCGUGAUGAAGAUUGCUGUCGAAAGAGGAAAGCAAGCUGAUUUGUCAGCUCAGGUCGAAGAGCAGCGCCAACUGAUGACACAACUCCUCCUGCAGCGACGAGGCAAGAUCCUUCUUGAGACGGCCAUCGAGGAGGAGACGUGA